AUGCUUGCCCUGAGCACGCCCAUGUGCCUGUGGUGGUGGGCCGGGACACUCGGCCUGAUCUGUGUCAUGCUCAAUAUGAUUCAGACGGGCUUCGAGGUCGCAAAAUGUCCGCCCUUCCUGACAUUUGCACUCUGUGGAAUCUGUGCUUCAGACAUGAUUUGGCUUGCAACCAACCUGGGCUUCGAAGUCUUGGGGGGAGAGAUGGAGCGCUGGAGGAUUACACCGGAUCCCAAGCAGCAGCAUGCAAGGACAUACGAGUAUGCCCUGCAGCAGAUCAAGUCAAAAUUCGCAGGCUCCUGGCUGGAUGUGUGCAUUUUCACAGGCGUUUGGUUCGGCAGCAAUCUGUCCUUCAACUGCCAAGGCAGCCUUCUGCGUUCAGUGGUCGGAUUCCUGCUGAUGCUCUGCUUGCUGGACUUUGGUCUGUCAUUGUGGCACUUCAUUUUGCACCUGCCAUGCAUGUACAAGUACCACAAGAUGCACCACUCGGUUCAAAAUACGCAGCCAUGGACGAACGAAGUGGAGCAUCCGGUCGAGGCGCUGGGCAACGCCGCGGUGAAGCACGGCAGCGUUGUCUUGGUGUCCAGCUGUUUUGAGCUGAGCCCCAACGUCGCCCUGGCUUACUUCAUGUUCGCGACUUGGUACGGUGUCAUGGUUCAUUCUGGCUACAAUCCGCCACCCUUUGAUUGGAUUCAGGGGGUGCCAGCCUGCAGGUUCAUCAUAACUCCCAAGCACCACCAGGACCACCACUCGAAUGGCGCAAGGAACCUUGGAGCUAUCACGUCGAUUUGGGAGACGCUCUUCCGGAAAGCCAUGUCCAGGGCACCUGGCAAGAGCGCCGAGGCCACCCCGCCCGGCCGCAUGGGAAAGACCUGGAAGCUUGCGAGCCUCCGUGACAUCAGCGAUGAUCAGCUCGCAGAUUUGGUCCAAGCAGUCCGCGAACAUGGGGUGAUCGUGAUCCCAAGCCAAUCCUGGAGCCUCGAGGAGCAGGAGGCGUUCACUUCGCGCUUGGGGGAGGUCACCGCCACUGUCGUAGGCCAGGCUCCGGAUUAUUUCGAGGUUCACCCGAGGGUUGUUCGGCUGUCGAACUUCCGUGCCGAUGGCACCUGGAAGGGUGCAAGGUAUCAGGGGGCCGAGGUGUGGCACCAAGACGGUGACUACAUGCGGAUGUCGGAGCGACACAUCCUCACCGUCCUGUGCGCGGACAAGAUUCCCAAGAAAGGAGGCGGCACCGGCUUCGUGGACCUGGUCGCCGCUGCUGCAGCCCUGCCGCCCUCAUUGCGGGCCAAGGCGAGAGGCCUAAGUUGCUUCACCUCGGCUCGGCGGAAUGCCGCGUAUAUGAAGAGAGACUUCACCGCUGAAGAUGCAGAAAGGUAUCCGGACCAGCGUACGCCCGUGCUUCACCGACACCCUCGUGACGGGCGGGAGCUGCUUCUGAUGGGUUCGGAGCUGUCAGUCUUCGAGGAUCAGGAGCAUCAGCCAGAUGUGGAGACGACCCAGUCACUGUUCAAGCACGCCCUGUCUCCCCAGUGGAUGUACUUCCAUCAGUACAGGCCAGGUGAUGUGAUCAUCUGGGACAACUUGCAAACCCUUCACAAAGCCAUGCCCUUUGUCAACGACGGGUCGGAUUGCCGACUUCUCUGGCGCGCUCAGGCGCGGGUGACUGAGGCCUUCCAAUGGUGA